UCAAGAAUCGUAUCCCAACUAUCAUCAAUCAGUAUAACAAACAUUUCCAGUGAAUCAACACCACCACGUUUUUCAAACACCAAUUCGAGGAUCAAGAGUGAAGAAGAAAAUUUCAGAAAUGAUAUAAUUCUUUACUAUAAAUUCUCUACACCAUCUUUAUCUAUUAGUAUUGACGAUAUAUCUAAAACCGAUGAAGAAACCGAGUUAAAAGCUAAAAUAGAAGAGAUAGAAACUGACGACGACUUUAGAGAACACAUAUCAAAAUGUCAAAGGAAAGUGAAAGACGAGAACAAAGAUGGCACAGACGAGGAGGAAGAAACGGUUAAAGAGCAAACUUUUAUAUCAAAAUUUUCAACAAAAGAUAAAGAAAAUGUUAGUACUGAAGUUAAAGCAAUUACAUCUACAGGGGAUAACUGUCAGUCAGUUAUUGCUCAAGAAGUAGCAAUUUUAUUGAAUGAUGGAGAAAGUGUACAGACUGAUUUAGAUACAGAUAUGUAUAUAAACAAUAUUCAGUAUCUUGUUCAGAAUAUUGACAAAAUAAAACUUACUCAGUUGAAAAAUGAUAACGUAUUAAAAAUUACAAGAGACCAACCAAAUGCUACAGAUGUAUCAACUAAUAUUUUUAAGAUCAAAAGAAGUACCUGUGAAAUGCAAGUUGGUAACAAAAAGGCCAGAGACGAUAAAGAAAGCAUAAAAUCCAAAGGAAUUGUGGAAGGCAUGGAAACAUACAAUUGCAAAAAUAUAUACAAUCAAAUUAAGGGGGAUGAAAAAGUACAACAAAAAUCUUCUGAAACAGAUAAAGAUGAGCUAUUUGAAGAUGCAGUGGAUCAAACUCCAAAAUCAUCUCAAGUUUUAAAAAUGCUCCCAGGACAAAGUACACAUAUACAUACAAAAAUGAGUAAAAUAACUGAAACCAUAAUUUCAGAACUGGAAAUUCCUGAAUCGAGUUUAUCUCAUAAAAAAAAGUUUAAGUUAAGGUUAAUGCAGAAGAUUAAAUCUGUUUUAAUACAAUUUCCAAUAAACAAAAGUCGAUCAGAAAAAUCUGGCUCUUUCAAAAUAAAACGUUCUAAAUUUUCUACUUAUUAUUUUUUGAUAGCACAACAUUCAAAACAGUAUCAAUUGAUGAAAAAAAAGGAAGAAAGGUGUAACUUUGGUAAAAUCGGCAGAAAAAGCUGUAGAUGAAGAGGAAGCUUGAACAAUGGCAAUAAAAAACAAAAUAUUAAGAAAAGAAGAAUUAAUAUAAAAAGUCAGUCAAAACAAGAAAUGGGUAGACUUAUUUUAAAUUGCACGACAAUAGGUUCUAAAGAAAAUUUAUAUGCUUUAGUUAUUCCUAAAGAUACUGAAAUAAUUGCAUUGAGGAAUAAUCUAGUGGAAAGUUAUGAAGAACAAAAACUUUGCUAUGUAGAGGCUGCUUCCAAAGACGAUGCCGAAAAAGCAGGUCCUUCUAAUUUACCCCAAAACCUAGAAAUCUUACUAAUGGACAAUGAAAUCAAACAAUUGGACCAGAAUAUCAAACAGAUGCGCAAUCAAGACAUUACACCUGAAUUGCGGGUUAGAAUAAUAAGAAAGGAAGUAGAGGUAAUGAAAAAAUAUUGCUCACAACUGUCAAUCAUACAAAGAGAAAAUGACAAACUGAAGGAGCAAAUAUUUUUUUAUGAAGACUCAUUCUCCAAAUUAGGAUGCUUUCCAGUCACUCCAAAGUUAAUAGAAGAACUCAAACUCAAAAUUGAAGCCACCAAUGAAGAGAAACAGCUAAGAGAAAAAGUUCGCAAUUUAGAAAAAGAACUUUGUUUGUACACCUACUCACUCAACGAUGUUGAAGUGCUCAGGCAAAGAUCUCUACUUCUAGAGGAAGUCUUGAUAGAUCGAGAAAGACUAAGUCAAAAAGUAGAACAACUGGGUAUUCUAGAUCAAGAAAUUCAUAAUUUAAAAAAGAAAGCAGCUAUAGUGGAUGAACUGGAGAAUUGUGUUUUAAAAAUGAGAAGAGAGAAAAAUUUUUUGGAAAUAGAAUUGAAUCAAUUAAAACGGAAAUUGUCUAUUGUCGAAGGAGAAGAAUUCAACAGAAAAGCGGAAAGAGAGAUUUUAGAAUCCAAAAUUGUUUGCAUGGAACAGAAAAUAACAAAUCUCAAAUCCUUAUGUGAAGACAAAGAAAGAUUAAGGGUAGAACGUGAUCAUCUGAAGUACAGUCUUGAGGAAAUGAUAAGGAAGUUAGAAGAUGUUGAGAAAAUGAGGAAACAAAUUCAAUGUUUGGAAGCAUUGAAAGCUGAGCGUGAUAUAUUCAAAUCAAAAUAUGAAACUCUGAUUGGAUUGGAACAUGAAUGUGAUUUAUUGAGAGAUCAACUAGAUAGAACAAAAUAUGUAGAAAUAGAGCGAAAUUCCUUAGAAAUUCGGUUAGAAGAUUUGGAAGCUUGCUUAGAAGAUCAAGAAAAUGAUAAAAAGAGAUUGGUUCAUUAUAUAAAUACAUUAUCUAAAGCAAGGGAUGAAGAACAAGAGAAGUUCAACAAAUAUGCAAACCAAAUGAGAGUAGAAAUUGAGAAGAAAGAUAGUUUGAUAACUUCUACCCAAGAAAAAUUAAGUUUUUUAGUAACUAGACUUGAAGAUUCUGUCAAUGACCUUAAUUCUCAAACACUAGAACAUAAAAGUAAAACCAGUAACUUAGAAUCAGACAUUAAUACUUUAACUCUUAAAUUAAAUAAUUUGAAAGCAAAAAACGAGAAGUUGGUGGACUGUCUUAGUAACAUCGAAAAUGAAAAUCAAAGAUUGAUACAACAUAUCAUGGACUUGAAGAAAGAAAAUGAUAAUCUUAUAAAAAAUCUCAAAAAUCUAAAAGAGACUAAUAUUUUUCUGAAGAAAACAUUGGAAGAAAAAGAAGAUUCGUUGAACUCGACAAGUGAAGCUUAGAAAUCUAAAACAGAAUGUGUCGUGUUACAGUAAAUGCCAUUUUUAUACCGUAUUAAUAAAUUAUAUGAUUUUUCA